AUGGCUCUGGCCAUGGCAGUUUCGUCCCGUCACGGCUGCUUGAAUGGGCUGAGAGUGAGGCAGGUGACAGCUGGUAUCGUAGGGCAUGUCUUGUCACACGGUGAGCAGAAGGUGAUCGAGACGGACGUGUUGGUCCCGGAGGAGCACCAUUACCUCGAAGACGCGCUUGAAGUCGCUUUCUGCGGGCAAACAAUUCCACGAAACAAGACGCAGUCGGUGGUCGUUCCAGAGGGGGGAGAGCAAUCGGUCGUGUUUCACUUCGGAUUGAUACUGAGAGGAGGGAGGCAGAGACGAGCAGCUCAGGGACCCUUGGGGCACAUCUCAAACGUUGCCAUCAGGAGUUCUUGGGGGUCGGGGCUGUCCAUCCUAUCGGGCAGGUGGAGGCUCGAUGGUUGCGACGUCUCAUGCACCAUGGGAGGACAUGCCAGCGCCCUGCAAUGCGAAAAUCAGGCGAACGUGAUGGCGAAGAACUGCUCUUUCGGGGGGAAAUGCAAGGAGCCGGUGGAGUCAAGAACAGUGUUCGUUGCAGCAUUGUCAAAUCUUUCUCUCUUUUGGGAACAAGGCAGGAGGAGCAGUCUACCUCGAGGAGUGUCAGACAUUUGUUUCGUGCUCGAUCUCUUCUCUUCGGAAUGGUCUAUGGGAAAGCUCAGCUAG